AUGUCCUAUUCUCUUCUCACUGGUCUUUUCAGUGGUAUGAAUACGGCCACUGAUUUAGCGAGUGGAGCAAUUGAUGUUGUUGUCGUUGAACAACCAGAUGGAUCACUCAAAUGUACUCCUUUUCAUGUUCGCUUCGGAAGACUUAAAGUCUUAAGAUCUAAAGAGAAAGUCAUUCGUAUCAUGGUGAAUGGGAAACUAACGGAAUUAUGCAUGAAGACAGGAGAGACAGGUGAGGCUUAUUUUGUACAUGAAGCUACUGGUCCCGUUGAUAGAGAUUUAGUAGCAAGCCCGAUUGAUCUUGGCUCUUCUCAGCCUUUUCCUUCAUUUGAUAACAACAACUCUUCUUCACUCUUGACACAAAGUCUAAUUUCCGAUUCAUCAGUCCCAUCUUCAAAAACCUUGUCAACGACUAAUUUAUUAGAAUCACAGAGCACAACAACAAGAACGGAUUUCAUUUCAUCUCCUCCUUCACCAACAACAAAUCAAGAUUCUUUUCUUUCUUCUUCAAAUACAACAACGACAGCUCCAACGUUUAUUCCUACAAGCAUGCCAAUAGAGCAAGCCUAUUUUCGUCCAAUCACUUCACCCAUUGGAUCUCCUAAUCUUAUUCCAAUUUCUUCGUCAUCACCAAAUCAACCCUAUCAACCAAAUUUUGACAUUGAUGAGGAAGUAAUUUAUGAAAAAUUCAUUCCUAUUGAUGAUUCUGAUUCUGAUGAAGAGGAAAGUGUAGUAGCAGCAGGAGUUACUGAAGAUGCAAACAGAGUUGUAGAUUUGGAAAGAGAAAAAUAUAGAGAAGAUGGUAUUACGACAAGUCACAUGUUAAAUUCCACUCCACCUCCCUUGGUUAAUACUUCUUUAUCGAUUAAUAUUGACGCAAAAACAAUGAGUGACAUGAACACUGUAACAUCUCCAAGAAUCAAUGAAACCUCAUCUACUACUUCAACUUCUUAUUCAACACCAAUAGACACUACACCAAAACCUCCUUCAGAAACUCCAACAAAAAAGAGUAGUUGGGGUUGGGCAAGCGGAUUAACUUCUUGGCUUGGAUUUAAAUCGAAUAAUGACACAGAUGAAUUUCAGGGAAUUAAAACAAAAGGAAAUAAUUCAUUUGUAGAACAACAAUUUUUAGAGGUCAUGGCUAAACAUUACAAUUAUGAUGCUCUUUCAGGACGAUAUAUUAACAAUCCUGUUACUACUCCAUCUCCUUCCAUUACCAAAUCUCCACCCUUUGAAAUGGCAUCAAACAACAAUACUUCUAGUAAUUUAUCCAUUCCAAGGAAUGAUUCCUGUAAAAAUUUAAUUAGUGACACUUCUGAUGAUGAAUUAUCCUAUGAUGCACUCACUUCAGAGCAUAACGAAAGCAAAGAUUCAAAUGUUGUACCUAAUGAGAAUGGUGAUCAAAAAGUAAUAACUGGUGAUAAAAACUUUGAUGAAGAUGCAACAACCGAUGAAGAAGAGUUAGAAAAAAAUUAUCAUUCAGACAAUGAAUCACUUUCUUCCCUCAAACCAUCACUUCCUCCACACAUGAGAACAAACAAUCAUUUUGAAGUGAUGCCACGGGAGAGCCCCAUUUCUAAAAGCGCUCCAGGAAAUUCAACUUCAUUUGAGGAACUUUUUAAACAACACCAAUUGACCAAAUUGAAAAGACAAAUAUCUCCUCCAUCGACAACUACGAACAGUCGAGAAAAUUCACCUGAAACAUUCUCUGUAAAUAAUACUUUGACUUCUGCCUCUUCAAAGAAUGAUACACUUUCAACGAACGGCACAGAGUCAAAUAACACAUCAAGGCUAACGAUUGUUACGAUUACUCCUAAUUCACCACCACCUAACUUAUCAGAUCCAAACUUGCAAAAGAAGAAUGAAAAAACUUAUUGGAGAUGGUUUUGGACAAGACCAGGAGCAACCGCAAGUACUGACGCUGUGAAUCCAAGUACUUCUCAAAUUAACAAUGAAGUGAACAGAGUGACCAGUCAACCCAAAGUUUUUGAUCCAACAGGUGAAUUUAAAGUACUAAAGAAGAGUUUGAGACCUACAUCGGACGAGUUAAAAGCUCUUGGAUUGAAAUAUGGAAGGAAUGAAAUUAAAUUUCUUGUAACAAGUCGAAUUUUAGGAACUCAGGAAGUGAAUGCAUAUAUUUAUUUGUGGAAAUAUUCUGACAAAAUUGUAGUUUCAGACGUAGAUGGUACUAUUACAAAGAGUGAUGCAUUAGGUCAUAUUUUACCAAUGCUUGGUCAAGAUUGGUCCCAUAGUGGUAUUGGAAAAUUGUACACAAAAAUUGUUCAAAAUGGGUACCGAAUGUUAUAUUUGACUUCACGAUCAAUUAUUCAAUCUGGAAGUACUAAGAGAUAUAUUUUUACACUUCAACAAGAAGAUGCAAUGCUACCAGAAGGCCCAGUGGUCAUGUCUCCUGAUCGAUUAUUUGCUGCUUUGCACAGAGAGGUUAUUCUGAAAAAGCCAGAGGAAUUCAAAAAGGCAGCUCUUUCAGAUGUUUUAGAAUUAUUUCCAAAAGGCACAAAUCCAUUCUUUGCAGGAUUUGGUAAUAGAAUUACAGAUAUUAUUUCGUAUUCAUUUGUUGGAAUACCUGAUCACAAAAUAUUUACUGUUGAUCCUACCGGUUUGAUACAAGUGUAUGGAAUUAGUCAUGAGUCUUAUUGGAACAUUUACAAGCUUGUGGAUGAGAUGUUUCCUGACCUGAAUCAAAAAGUUGAUGACUCGAAUGAUUUUAAUUCUUUUGCAUUUUGGAGAAUGCCCAUUCAAUCCUCUUCAGACUUUAAGUAA